UAGGGGGACUGGAGAUGUGGUGACGCCUCGUGGCCGUUGGGGCUAUUUAUUUAUUUAUUUUAGCUCGGCUUAGUAAUUUCUUCGUCACGUUAAGGGAAUGAGACAAGCAGUCCCGGGGGCUUUUUGCAACUUCCUCUCCCCCGCUGCUGCCGGGCGCUACAUUAAAAGCGGGGCCCUGGGGAAAUGAGGAAAUGCAGGAGCGGUGUAAGAGUCAGACAGAUUUACCCGGACAGCGAGGGGGGGAUGCUGCUGGGUGUCCCCGUCCUAGUGAGGAUCUGAUCUCAUCUCUCUACUAUUCCUGGCUACGGGGAGCCACGCUCGGCAUUCAGGAGAAGCUGUGACCCGCCCCACACGAGCGCCAUGGCGUCGCGCAUCGGCCUGCGGAUGCAGCUUAUGCGGGAGCAAGCGCAGCAGGAGGAGCAGAGGGAGCGGCUGCAGCAGCAGGCGGUGAUGCAUUACAUGCAGCAGCAGAUGCCGCUGGCCCCCACGCCUGCCAUCAACACUCCAGUCCAAUUCCAGUCUGCGCCGUCCGUGCCGGGAGAGGUCUUAAAGGUUCAGUCGUACCUGGAGAACCCCACCACGUAUCAUCUGCAGAAGUCACGGGACAAGAAGGUCCAGGAGUAUAUCUCUGAAACCUACGGGAACAAGUUUGCUUCUCACAUCAGCCCCGUCCUGCACUCUCCAAAGCCUCCCCCAGCUGCCUCCCCGGGCGUCCGGCCCGGCCAUGUCAUGUCCUCUUCAGCUGGCAACAGCGCUCCCAACAGCCCCAUGGCCAUGCUCAACAUCAGCUCCAACCCGGAGAGGGAGAUAGACGAGGUCAUUGAUGACAUCAUGCGUCUGGAUGAUGUUUUGGGCUAUAUUAACCCGGAAAUGCACAUGCCCAACACCCUUCCAAUGUCCAGCAGUCACAUGAAUGUAUAUAGUGGUGACCCCCAGCUGACGGCCUCCCUGGUGGCUGUCACCAGCAGUUCAUGCCCUGCCGACCUCACUCAGAAGAGAGACCUGACAGGUAACGCAUAUGCCGAGAGUCGUGCCUUGGCUAAAGAGCGUCAGAAGAAGGACAAUCACAACCUGAUUGAGAGAAGACGAAGGUUUAACAUCAACGAUCGCAUCAAAGAACUUGGAAUGCUGAUCCCAAAAGCCAAUGAUCUAGAUGUUCGCUGGAACAAAGGGACGAUCCUGAAGGCCUCGGUUGAUUACAUCAGGAGGAUGCAGAAGGACCUGCAGAGGUCGCGGGAUCUGGAGAAUCACUCUCGGCGUCUGGAAAUGACGAAUAAGCAGUUAUUGAUCCGUAUCCAGGAGUUGGAGAUGCAGGCGCGCCUCCAUGGGCUGCCUGCCGCCUCGCCCUCCGGCGUGAACGUGGCAGAACUAGUUCAGCAGGUCGUGAAGCAAGAAGCGACCGGAGAGGACGGGUCGAUGGAGCCUCAGCAGCCCCAGCUACCUCCAGACCAGGAGACGCAGCAACAGCUGCCGUUGCUACCUCCGUCUCCCUACCAGCUGGACUUUACCCACGGCCUGAGCUUUGACGAUGGCUCCAGAGGGUUCCGCGACCAGCUGGACCCCAGCCACAAUGUCUCUUUCCCCUCUUUAUCCAAGAAGGAGCUGGACUUGAUGCUGAUGGAGGACACCAUGUUACCUCUGGCUUCUGACCCCUUGUUCUCCGCCAUGUCCCCUGAGGCCUCCAAGGCCAGCAGUCGCAGGAGCAGCUUCAGCAUGGAGGAUGCUGACAUGCUGUGACAACGAGCCGUUCGCAGCCUGGGGGAAAGGACGAGGAGUGAGGCUUGUCUGUGAAGACACACAUCCCCCCCCCGCCCCCACCCACGAGGACCCCAACCCACACUUGAGCCUACAUAGAAAUACAUUUCUCUAUGCAAGCGUUGUCACAGUCACUGGGAAAGUCAGACCCUUGUUGCUAUAACUUGAUCUGCAAACUUUCUUGCUUUGCCAUGAACUGAGCGGAGCUCCCUGGCUUGGAAUGACCCUAGAUUUACAGCCCAGCUGCCUUGCCUUUCAGCUAAGCUUCCCACAAGCCGCACGCAGUGCAGGAGUGGAGGCUGGAAGCCAGGCCAUCAGGUAUGAGAAGGAGCCUUCAAGUCCCAGCGGAGGCUAACGGGGGGCUUGUCGCUCAGAGCGCCUUGCUGCAAAUGUGCAUUCAGCCAAGCUUCACCACGUGAACCCACGUUCCCUCAAAGUCUUCCCCAGCCCUGGCGCUAUUGCUCUGAAGACGUCGGCAGAGGCUGCCUUGUACCAUGUUCCCGCAUUAGGCUUCCCCUUCCCUUUCCGGGCAGGGAUGUGCAGCUUUCCCAAGGGAGGGUGUGGUGUCCCUAGUCGUCAUGGAGUAGGGGAGGUGUGUUUCUCAAGGCUCAUUGGGUAAGAAGGCUGCAGGGGGGAAGAGGAGGAGGAGGGCAAUCUGAACAAAUUAUUUAGUGAUACCAGAGGGACACUUUCAAAGCUGGGAGCAGGAGUGGGAUGCAACAGCCUCAUUUAUUUGUCACUGGGGUUUGUAAAGGCACCGGCUUUGAGAGUGGAGCUACUGAGUCCCAUUCAACUUCCGCCCCGUGAGAGAUGGGACCGAGCCUCCAACUUCAGAAGUGGGUUCCUAACCCUCGAAAGCGUGUAGGGGGUUGGGAUGCCGUUUUGGGCCCGUCUCUGCUUCCUCUCACUCUGUUCAGAUGAAUCCCAAAACUUCCAAGUGAUAUUUGGUCAAAACCAUCAGUGUGCAACUAAACCCACACUGGUGUUUCCGGACACCAGCUUCUGGCUUUGCACCCUCGCUUUUUGGUGCUGGCCACUUUGCACUAUUAAGCACUUGGGCGGCUUUUUCAAAUGCACCUGAGGGUGACCAGAGAGCGAGUGUGAAAAAUCAGGGUGGGGGGUAAUGGGCGCCUAUAUAAGACAGAGCCCCGAAUAUCAGGACUGUCCCUAUAAAAUCAGGACAUCGGGUCAACCUCGCCGGAGCGAGCCUCCCAGCCGAGGCCGACGUGCUAGCUGGGCUCACGCUAGCAGGGGCUGAGAACAGUAGUGUGCUGGCUGCAUCGCCACCCAGGGGUUGAGAUGAGCUUGUACUCGUUGCUGCUUUACCGUGCCAUUUACACUGGUUUUUAGUGCUCUAGCUGGGGCAGAGCGAGCACAUGUUCGCACUCCCAUCUGCACCCUAGACGUGCCCUGAGUGACUUGUGACUACCGAGUAUCGCGUUGGGCUAAAUCUGAACCUGAGACCUGGAGGCAUGUGUGUGUGGGAACCUCCACUAUGAACCACACCUGGAAAGGGGGGUUUGAAUGCACCUCUGUACACUGAAACCUCCAAGUUGGGACCCUCACACCCAGCAUCCCCAGUGCCUGAACCUAGCAAAUCAAGCUCAUGGAAGGCACCCUAAAUAACUGAUUCAGUUAUCAUCAGGGUGAGCUUAGAUCCCGUCUUCCGUUAAAACACUCAGUGGGCCAAAUCCUGGCAGGCUUUGAGUGCCCUCUGCUCCCAGUGAAAUAAGUGAAAGACCUGACUGAGUUGUUUUCUUUCUCAGUCUUUACUCAGGCAAGCCACCCAUUGGGGCCAGUGGGAGGCUUUGCCUGAGUUAAGGGGCCUCUGGGUUUGGCUCAGCGUGUUCAGUGUCAUCACGAACGUGUGGAAGAUGGCCACACGAGGUCAAGUGAUCUGGAUCCAAACGCUUUCUGCUGAAACAUCCAUGGGAGGGAAUUUUUCUGCCCUUUAAAGAGCACAAACCCAGCCAUGGAUAGAAGCUGGGAGAAGUUACGUGGGGUGUGGGGGGAGGGAUGGAGGGGGAAUCUGAGUUUACGGCUCAGUGAGCUUGGCUCUGAAGAGGAGGAGAACAAGGUCUCUGUUCUACAGGGUUCUCCGGCAGCACCGAGGAGCUCAGUGAUAUGGGGAAACUGGUGUUCUAAAUCUCUCGUGUAGGUGCUCCUCCAACCCAUGCCACCCUGUCUUGAGGUUGAUCCCAGAACCAAUAUCCAUUUGACGAGGAACUGCCAGGGAACAUUAAAAACAACUUCUUCCCUCCAACAAGUCCCUUUUCGACUUCCUGUGUCUUCAUAUUCAGGUUGGAAUCUCUCUUACUGGGCAUGGUGUCCUAGAAACCACGGAAAUUAGCGCUGCCGAGCUCAAAAGGAAACAGCGAGGAGUUAUACUGUUUCGGCAAAGGGCUGUUCUGUGUCCUCAUUGUGGCUCCGUCUUCCCCCUCGCCCCCAGUUGCUUUCAUGUCUGCUUCCAUGUUUCUGGCAACGCAAGCUAUGUUCUUGCUGAUUGGAAGAGGAUAUUUCCAUCCCUGACCAAAACAAGGUUUGGUCCAUUAAGAGAAUGGAAUCGAGAACUCCUUCAAAAUGACCAGCACUGGCUCCUGACCCCAUUCGUGUCGUCAUAAUUCGGAGCUGGGGCUUUUCAGACAGAAGGCAAAUCAAUCUUUAUACCGUGUCUUUUGGAUCCUUAAUAUAAACCUGUAUCUGGGCCCACGCGUAGAGACUGGGUAACAGGGCAGCCACCCUGGUGUGAAGCAGGAGGAUGAUUGUACAUUGGUAAUGAUUGCCAGAAUCUUAGCCAGGGCUCUUUAGCUUCUAAGAGUCCAUCCCCGCCGCCCCCCCCCCCCCCCCAAAGAGUUUCUUUGCACAGCUUUGUAGCUGAAUUGUUUUCUGCUUUCUCAGUGCUGUUGAUGUCGGCACAGCCACAAGGGGAAUUGGGGUGGGGAAGAGGAGGAGGUGGUGGGGGGGGGAGAAGAUCACUUGUAUUUAAAAGAAAAGACAACAGUAUUCUACAGUAAGAGCCUAAGGGGCACGUGGGGAAGAUGGGGAAAUCUUUAAUAAUGAUUAGGGUUGUCAAGCGAUUAAAAAAAUUUAACAGCAUAAUUAAUCAUGCAAUUAAUUGCACUGUUAAACAAUAACAGAAUACCGUUUCUUUAAAUAUUUGUGGAUGUUUUCAACAUUUUCAAAUAUAUUGAUUUGGAUUACCACACAGAAUACAAAGUGUACAGUGCUCACUUGAUAUUUAUUUUUGAUUACAGAUGUUUGCACUGUAAAAAACAAAUAGUAUUUUUCAAUUCACCUAAUACAAAUACUGUAGUGCAAUCUCUUUAUCAUGAAAGUUGAACUUACAAAUAUAUAAUUAUGCACAAAAAAUACCCUGCAUUCAAAAAUAAAACAAUGUGAAACUUUAGUUUAGAGCAGAGGUGGGCAAACUACGGCCCGCGGGCCACAACCGGCCCGCGGGACCCUCCUGCCUGGCCCCUGAGAUCCUGGCCCGGGAGGCUGGCCCCCAACCCCUCCCCUGCUGUUCCCCCUCACCCACAGCCUCAGCUCACUGCGCUGCCGGUGCAAUGCUCAGGGCGGCGGGACUGCGAGGUCUUUCCGGGUAGCGCAGCUGCAGAGCUGGGGCCUGACCUGGUGUUUUGUGCUGCACGGUGGCGUGGCUGGCUCCAGUCGGGUGGCACAGCUGCUUGUCCUGGGGCUCGGGGUGGUGCGGCUGUAGCGCUGCCAGCCAUCGGCGCUCCAGGCAGCGUGGUCGGGGGCAGGGAGCAGAGGGGGUUGGAUAAAGAGCAGGGGAGGUCGGGGCGGUCAGAGGGUGGGGAACAGUGGGGUUGAACGGGGGCAGGAGUCCCGGGGGGUCAGUCAGGAAUGAGAGGAGGGGUUGGAUGGGGCUGUGGAGGGCAGUCAGGGGACAGGGAGGGGUGGAUGGGGCAGGGGUCCCAGAGUGGGGCCAUCAGGGAACAGGGGGGUUGGAUAGGGGGCAGGGGCCGGGCCACACCUGGCUGUUUGGGGAGGCACAGUCUCCCCUAACUGGCCCUCCAUACAAUUUCGGAAACCCGAUGUGGCCCUCAGGCCAAAAAGUUUGCCGCCCCUGGUUUAGAGCCUACAAGUCCAAUCAGUCCUAUUUCUUGUUCAGCCAGUGGCUCAGACAAACAAGUUUGUUUACAUUUGCAGAAGAUAAUGCUGCCUGCUUCUUGUUGACAAUGUCACCUGAAAGUGAGAACACGCAUUUGCAUGGCACUGUUGUAGCCAGCGUCGCAAGAUAUUUACAUGCCAGAUGUGCUAAAGAUUCACAUGUCCCUUGAUGCUUCAACCACCGUUCCAGAGGACAUGCAUCCAUGCUGAUGACGGGUUCUGCUUGAUAACGAUCCAAAGCAGUGCGGACCGACGCAUGUUCAUUUUCAUCAUCUGAGUCAGAUGCCACUAGCAGAAGGUUGAUUUUCUUUUUUGGUGUUUUGGGUUCUGUAGUUUCCACAUCAGAGUGUUGCUGUUUUAAGACUUCUGAAAACAUGCUCCACACCUCCAUCCCUCUCAGAUUUUAGAAGGCACUUCAGAUUCUUUAAUCUAGGAUCAAGUGCUGUAGCUAUCUUUAGAAAUUUCACAUUGGUAUCUUCUUUGUAUUUUGUCAAAUUUGCAGUGAAAGUGUUGUGGGCAGCAAUAUCUCCCGUACAUGUUAACAAACUUGUUUUGCUUAGUGAUUGGCUGAACGAGAAGUAGGAGUGAGUGGAUUUGUAGGCUCUAAAGUUUUACACUGUUUUUGAGUGCAGUUAUGUAAUCAAAAAAACUACAUUUGAAAGUUGCACUUCCACGAUAGAGAUUGCACUACAGCAUUUGUAUGAGAUGAAUUGAAAAAUAUUAUUUCUUUUAUCAUUCUUACAGUGCAAAUAUUUGUAAUACAAAUAAUAUGAAAUGAGCACUGUACAUUUUACAUUUUGCACUGUAAUUGAAAUCGAUAUAUUUGAAAAUGUAGAAAAACAUCCAAAAAUAUUUAAUACAUUUCAGUUAGUAUUCUAUUGUUUAAGAGUGCGAUUAAUUUUUUUGAGUUAAUUGCAUGAGUUAAUGGCAAUUAAUUGACAGCUCUAGUAAUGAUACUACAUUAUACCCCAGUAACUGCCCUAAGUAUUGCAGGAAGGCUACGGCAAAUGGUAGUGUUUGGGGCCAUUACUGGAGAAUGAUGUAAUAUCUUUCUUUUAUUAGUAAUGUCUGGAUCCCAAUCCUCAAAGUUCAGGAGUGCUGAGGUCCAGGCUGUAUAGAUCAGGCCCCAUCUCCAGCCCUGAUUCUGCACUGAGAGCUGCGCAGGUGGGACCCCUGCGCGCACACACACACCACCCCCUUGAACUUCAAACCCUGGGGACUGGUGCUGGGCCAGGACCUAAAAUCAUAAGGGAAAACUCAACCUGCCAACUCCCUGAGAAGGAAAGAGCUCGUGAAUUGGAUCGUAGGGUGCUGAGUGUGAACGUGACCAUAGGGUACAGCUCUGGGGCAAGCGCGAGUCUGUGAUGGGAGUGAGAUGAUCUCCAGGGUGUAGGCAGCUCCCCAGCUGACAAUGAGAAGUGCCAGUAGGAAGUGACAUUUGCAUGUGAUGGUAAAGAAAGCGAGUGAGAGAAAGUGGGGGAGAGAGGGCAGCACCUCUUUCCCCUUUUGAGAUGGGCGAUCCCCAGCCCCUGGCAGUCAGGAGAGUCAGUGAAGAACAGGGGAAAGGGACGUCCCUAGCCUAUGUUCCCUUUCCCGUAUAUUUGGUAGCAGGAGAGGGAACGACUAACCACUGCCCCGAGAUAGCCGUCCAGCAAGGGGAGCUCUUGCAAAUGUCAGUGGCAUAAAUGCAGGGUCUCGGGGGGGAGGUGAGCGGCCAGGAUUUUCUGUGGCUCUUUCAGUGAGUGGGGGCUGCAGGAUGAGCGAUGGGAGUGUCCGUUUUGCCACGUUAAACCAAGGCGUGGGCUGCCUCCAAGUGACCAUUAUUAUGUGCCUAUGAACAGGAGUAGUCCUUCAGAGCAGGGCCCCUGGAGCCCUAUAGACUUGUGUUAAGUGCCUGUGGCUAUUCAUCCUCCAAUACAGCCAUUAUAGACUCUGUUAUGCAACACAAGUGUCUGUGUGGACGCACUGUGUCCCUGUACACAUUUGAACAGUCACCCGGAGGGUCUUGUGGACUUCUGCUAAGUGCCUGCAGGCAGGCAGCAUGCAUCCUUGUAGAACCUGUAGAACCUUAUAGAUCCAUGUUAAGUGCCUAUGGAUACAUGGCUUGUCUGCAGAGCCUCACACAUGUAGACCUGCAGGAUGUAGGCUAAAAAUCCAGCAGAUACUGGAAUUGGUGCAUGGUCCGAGCCAGUCUAGGAAGAGCUGGUGACGUUCUCACCAGUGAGCUAGGGUAAGGUUCCAGGAAAGGCGGGUGGGAAGCUGUGCCCAGUGGGAUGAGAGUCAGAUUCUUGGAAGUCCUGGUGGAACUUAGCCAGUGGGCCGAGAGGAACGUACCUAGACAGGCCUAGUGUGCUUUGUUGCUCAGACGUUCUCAUAAGGAGAGUCCCUUAGAGGAAAAUAAAACUGCCUGGUUUGAAUCCAAAGCUCUUUCUGAACCCACAGCAGGUUGAUUCUGUGUUAUAACUGUGCACUAUUCGCGGCAUGCUUCAGCAGACACAGGAUGCAGUAUAUCGUGUGCAUUAUGCCGUGUGCUUGAGUGGCUUCAGGACACGGUAUGUACUAGGGAUGGGCAUAUAUGUAACCUUCACUUAAGAUGUCAGCUUGAAUCACUUGGCUUUUUUGUUCUUGAGGUCUGAAACCGUGGCAUGCCUUUACGCUUCCUGUCUGUUGGUGGGUGGGACAGGAAGUGAUGUCAUCUAGUGGAAAGAUUUUCCUGGUCUGUUGCAGCAUCUGCAAUCUGACCGAAGCCAAGAUUUGUGUGGGAAGAUCUGACAUCAUAAGAUUUCUGAUAGGAUGCGGGCCCAACCAUCUCAGAAAAGCAUGUGAAUUUGGGAGGGCAAAGCUUGGAAGCCAUGUUUUGCAAAAGCGACUAGUGACUUUGGGUGCUGUAUUUUCAGACAGUGCUGAGCACCCCACCCUCUGAAAAUCAGGCCCCUUUAAGAUGCCUUGAGUUGGGUACCCAGAAUCACUGGUCACUUUGGAACAUCUUAGCCAGACAUUUCUUGAAGUGCUCCUCCUCAAUAGUAUAUACCGUAGUGCGGCAUGCUUCAUGGACUGUGAGUUGCGGUGUGUGCUGUAUGCAGAAUGGGGUCAAUGUCUGUCAGAUACAGUAUAUACUGCGCUCGGCUCAUGGCUAUGGGAUGCAGAACAUGCCUCACCAUUAUCCCCUGCUCCAGCCAGCGUGAGAAGUGGGGUGCUCCCCAUGCCAUGAGAGAACAGUCGUGGAUUUUUUUAUCUUUUGUGUUUUGUUUUUUAAUGCACUGUGCUCUGAUUCAAAAAUUUUACUACUGUUUUAUAAAUAAAUGUACAAAAGAAUGAACUGGAAUGGGAAAAAAAUCAUUAAAAUAUAUUUAUUUACAGUG